UGGAGUUCGAUAUCAAAUACAACGGCCGCGCACUGACUUGAAUUCCAAGGUCGUGUUGGUCCAAAGUCGUUGUUCAUAUCAGUCUAUUUUAGCUCAGUUAGUGACUUCUGAACUGAAGUCUAUACUCUGAGGUGUCCCUCGUAUCUCUACUUAUCUAUCUCAUGACCACUCCAAUAACAUCUUGUAUAAACGAAUCAGAGUUUUCAGAAGUCUACCCACCAUCUGAGGAUUCCUACUUAUUUUUAGAUGCUUUGGAGUUGGAUUCUGGAUUUUUGUCCGAAUUGAGGCCCACUUUAACUCUUGAAGUUGGAAGCGGUAGUGGAGUUAUCAGUGCAUUCUUUUGCUCAUCCAUUUCAAAACCACUCUUCCACAUAUGCACCGACAUAUCACUCACUGCAUGUUACGCUUCUCUACGUGUGCUGAACGUAAAUGUUCCUAGUACAUCGGUGACAUAUGAUGUAAUUAAUUGUUCUUUAGCAACUCCCCUCUUGUCUAGACUAUAUAAAAGUGUGGAUUUAAUCAUGUUUAAUCCUCCCUAUGUACCGACAACGUCAGACGAACACAAAGCUGCUGGUUCGACUAUAGUUGCCUCAUGGUCUGGUGGGCGACUGGGAAGAAAAGUAAGACUACUUUGCUGGUUUUUUUGAUUCAGUUAAAAGUUAUAAAUUUGUCGUUCCAAAUCUUCCUGCAGGCAUAAGCAUAUUUUUGGUGUUUUUUCGGUAAACUCAGUGUGUGUAACAACCGAUUUAAUUUCACCGGUCUUGAGGCAACAUCACAGAAAUCAAUGGAAGUUGCAGAACUUAAUCCAAGUUUAGUAUCUUAUUUGGAUGUUAUGCACUGAAGUCCA